AUGGCGUCGUCGCACCGGUCGCUCGUGCGCCUGCUCGUGCUCUGCCUUCUCUGCGGCGCGUCUCUCGCGGCGCCGCGCCGCUACCUCUCCGUCAGCAUGGACGAGCUGCUCAGCUCUAAGGCUCACCUCGACUGCCCUCCCUUAAAGAAGUCAGUGACAACUUCCGGCAACAAGCUCACGAUCCCUGCGAGUUGCGGCCUUCCACCGAAAUGCUGCGGCGCUGGCGAGUCCAUCGGGCGUCACGUCCUCAACCAUGACAUAAACCGGCUGAGCACUCUCCUCCAGAGGUCCGCCGGCGCCUCGUCAGCUGCACCACCGCCGUUGGCACCUCCAUCGGUUGUUCCGGGAAUUCCGAUUUCAUCUCCUCCGGCAGAGCCGCCAGCGGUGACGAUCCCGGACACCUCCGGGGCGUACCUCGGCACGCUGGAGUUCGUGGUCACCGUCGGCUUCGGCACGCCGGCCCGGGCGUACGCGGUCGUCUUCGACACCGGCAGCGACGUGUCGUGGAUCCAGUGCCAGCCGUGCUCGGGGCACUGCUACAAGCAGCAUGACCCCAUCUUCGACCCGACCAAGUCCGCCACCUACGCCGCCGUCCCCUGCCGCAACCAGGAGUGCCGGGCCGCCAACGGGAGCUGCGACGGCAACGGCACCUGCAUCUACGACGUCGAGUACGGCGACCGGUCGUCCACCUCCGGGGUCCUGUCGCACGAGACGCUGUCCCUCACAUCCUCGAGCGCGCUCCACGGCUUCGUGUUCGGCUGCGGCGAGAAGAACCUCGGCUCGUUCGGCGACGUCGACGGGCUGAUCGGCCUCGGCCGCGGUAAGCUCUCCCUGCCCUCGCAGGCCGCCGCGAAGUUGGGCGCCACCUUCUCGUACUGCCUGCCGUCGCACAACGGCACGCAGGGGUACCUCACCAUCGGCUCGACGCCGGUGUCCGACAAGGUCACGUACACGGCGAUGGUGCAGAAGCCGGACUACCCGUCCUUCUACUUCGUCGAGCUCGUCUCCAUCGACAUCGGCGGGUACGUCCUGCCGGUGCCGCCGACAGUGUUCACGAGCCCGGGCACGCUUCUCGACUCCGGCACCAUCCUCACCUACCUCCCGGAGGAGGCUUACGCCGCGCUCCGGGACCGGUUCAAGUUCACCAUGAAGCAGUACAAGCCCGCGCCGGCGCAGGACCUCCUCGACACCUGCUACGACUUCACGGGGCAGAGGGCCAUCUUCAUCCCGGCCGUGUCGUUCAAGUUCAGCGACGGCGCCGUGUUCGACCUCGACUUCUUCGGGAUACUGAUAUUCCCGGACGACGCGACGGCCAUCGGGUGCCUCGCGUUCGCGGCGAGGCCUCAGACGAUGCCGUUCAACAUCGUCGGCAACACGCAGCAGCGGUCGGCCGAGGUGAUCUACGACGUCGCGGCGGAGAAGAUCGGGUUCGUACCGGGCAGUUGCUGAGGUGACCGUCGAUACUUGUUGGUUGGAGAAUAAGCGAGCAGCGACGUGUGUCGUCGGUUGUUCUGUUGUUGUAUGGUUUUUAGCUAGGAAUCAGAUGAACCUCUGCUGCAUGCCUGAUCCAUGUUUUGGCCUGUUAAUUUCAUGUGGA